UUUAGCAAAGAAGUUUUUAGGGAGUUUUGGAAGAGUGAUGUUAAAGCUGAACUCUAAGCAGAUAAAAAGAAAAAAAACAAAAGAAAAAACAAAAAAUAAAUGUAUAAAUUGUAUUAUAUACUUGCCUAACUUGGUAUCAGCCGCUUGUAAUCCCCUGUACAGACUGACCAUUUGGAAACUCGGGCACUGCCCGAGGGCCCGGGAUGCCCCUGGUACCUUUUUCAUAGGCUUUUUUGAGUUUGGGCAAGGACACAGGGGCCCCAUGAUCCCCUAUUGUCCGGGG